AAAUGGUAAGAAAAUUACAUCUUAAGAAGUGGGUGUGACGUUUGAGAGAGAAACAUUAAGAUUUUGGCUUUAGGGAUUCCCUCUUUCCACCCCGACCGUUGUACUGUUUCGUAUUCUAGAGUAACUCCAAACUUGAAUUCAAACCCACUCUGCCAUGCCGGCUCUCAGAAAGCGAACCCUAACGGCGGAGUCCGACGCCAUGGCCAACGACGCCACACCUCAGCAGCCCAAUAUCUCCGACUACGAGCUCACCAGAGAGAAGAGAAUCCGCGAAAACCGUGAGAGAAUGGGGAAGUUGGGCAUAUUCGACCUUUCCCUCAGCCUCAAGCUCCACAACAACAACAAACCCCACCGAACUACUUCUAGAUCCUACUCUUCAAUCAAACCCAAAACCCCUCCUUCAACUCUCAAACCUUCCGCCCCCACUCGCCGCUCUUCCAGAUUGCAGAAUGUGACCCCUGUUAGUUACGCUGAAGUUCCUGUCAAGAAAUCCGAGUUUGCGGAACGUGGAAGGGUGGUGAUAGAAGAAGGUGCCAAGCCUGAGGUGUACACUGAUGAGCACCUGAAGUUAUUGGGGAACACCCAGAAACCCUGGACGCUUUUCGUUGAUGGUUGUGGUAAAGAUGGAAAGCGAAUCUAUGACUCCGUCCGUGGCAAAACUUGCCAUCAGUGCAGGCAAAAAACACUUGGUUAUCGUACAUGUUGUAGCCAAUGUAACAUGGUCCAGGGGCAGUUUUGUGGAGAUUGCUUGUAUAUGAGCUGGAGCUAUGGUAUAUCUGCUAAUGUUUCAAGAUAUGGGGAGCAUGUACUUGAAGCCCUACAGAAUCCAACUUGGCUAUGCCCUGUUUGUCGUGGAAUUUGCAACUGUAGCUUAUGCCGUCAAGCAAAAGGAUGGGCCCCAACUGGCCCUUUAUAUAAAAAGAUAUCGUCAUUGGGUUACAAAUCAGUUGCACACUUCCUUGUUCAAACCCGGCGCGCAGAAAUAGAUGUGGAGAAAAAUGCAGAUGCUUCAAAUCCAGUUUCAGUACAAAGGUCGCUACCCUUCUCUGAUGUGGACAACAAGUCUCUUGAGGUCACUGAUAAUCAUCUGGGAUCAUUGAAGUCUCUAGCUGAAACUGAAGGUGACGGUGCUGAGGUUUCAACAAAGAGAUUGCUUUUCUCUAAUGAGCAAGAACAGCUAGAAAAGAUUAAGUGUUUAGAUACUCCGAAAUCUCCGCAGCUUGAAAAAAAGGAAUGUUCAGAUACCAUGAAGCCACUCGCUUCUUCCUCCAAACCCAGCUCGGACAGCAUUGCUGGAAGACUUAGGUCCAGAUUCAAAAAACCAUGAAGAAGUUUUUUCUUUUUCUUAGUGUAACCCGGGAUAUAUGUGCUUACUUUCCAAGAAAAAGCAUUACUAUUUAAAUGGAUGGAGUUGGUAAUUUUUGGCAUGAAAACCUUUUUGUAAUGUGUGCUUUCUUUUGUCAUAGUACAGCACAGAUACGUUAUUA